AUGUCCGAGUCUAGGAGUGGUUCGUCGCCAGACCGCGACGACAUCAAUGUAUCCAAUGGUCAUGCGUACGAUAAGUAUCAUUUUCAAGAAAAGAACAUCCACACACACGGCUUCGAGCUAGAGGAAGAGGAGGAUGAAGAUAUAGACCAACUCAUUGAAGACCUGGAAUCACAAGAUGGUGAAAAUGCAGACUACGAAGAGGAAGAAGUGCAGCAGCCGGGGGGCGCCCGACUAAUACCAGAGGAUCUUCUCCAAACAGACACACGCGUUGGCCUCAUGUCAGCCGAGGUACUGAUACGGCGGAAGAAAUAUGGCGAGAACAAGAUGAAGGAGGAGACGACAAACAACUGGAUCAAAUUCUUCAUGUUCUUCGUUGGUCCCAUUCAAUUCGUCAUGGAAGCUGCUGCAAUCCUAGCAGCCGGUCUCCGAGACUGGGUUGAUUUCGGUGUCAUUUGCGGUUUGCUUCUCCUCAACGCUAGUGUCGGCUUCAUACAAGAGUACCAGGCCGGGUCGAUUGUUGAAGAGCUGAAGAAAACGCUCGCCCUCAAGGCCACUGUGUUACGUGACGGCUCUCUGAUCGAAAUAGAAGCAGCUGAAGUGGUACCUGGCGAUAUCCUACAUGUCGAAGAGGGUGUCAUUGUUCCGGCAGAUGGACGCAUCGUCACCGAGAACGCCUUUGUACAAGUCGACCAGUCAUCCAUUACCGGAGAGUCGUUGGCCGUUGACAAACACCGAGGAGAUACAUGUUAUGCCUCUUCAGCAGUCAAGCGCGGCGAGGCUUUCGUCGUCAUCACAGCCACGGGCGACUCGACUUUUGUUGGGCGCGCAGCCUCCCUGGUCGCCAGCGCGUCGAGCGGGCCCGGUCACUUCACACAGGUCCUCCACGAUAUCGGUACAAUACUCUUGGUCCUUGUCAUUGUGUCACUUUUGGUCGUCUGGAUAAGCUCAUUUUACCGCUCAAACGACAUCGUCAAAAUCCUCCGAUUCACGCUCGCGAUCACUAUAGUUGGCGUACCAGUGGGCCUCCCAGCUGUUGUGACAACGACAAUGGCCGUGGGUGCCGCUUAUCUGGCCAAGAAGCAAGCCAUUGUACAGAAGCUCUCCGCGAUCGAAUCACUAGCCGGCGUUGAGAUACUAUGCUCCGACAAGACUGGCACCUUGACCAAGAACAAGCUUUCUUUGGCCGAGCCCUAUACAGUACCUGGCGUAGAUCCAGAGGAUCUCAUGCUCACAGCUUGCUUGGCUGCUUCCCGCAAGAAGAAAGGCAUCGACGCAAUCGACAAAGCCUUCCUCAAGUCCCUGAGGUACUACCCACGUGCCAAGCAUGUGCUGAGCAAGUACAAGGUCAUUCACUUUCAUCCAUUCGAUCCAGUGUCCAAGAAGGUUCAAGCGGUCGUCGAGUCACCUCAAGGUGAGCGCAUAACAUGCGUUAAAGGUGCGCCCCUGUUUGUCCUCCGGACUGUUGAGGAAGAUGGCGAAAUCCCUGAACACGUCGAUUUGGCCUAUAAGAACAAGGUUGCAGAGUUCGCUACGCGCGGCUUUCGCUCACUUGGUGUUGCUCGCAAACGAGAGGAUUCUUCGUGGGAAAUCUUGGGCAUCAUGCCUUGCUCGGAUCCACCGAGGCACGACACGUAUCGUACUAUCAACGAGGCUAAAUCAUUGGGUCUUUCAAUCAAAAUGCUGACUGGCGAUGCCGUUGGUAUCGCUCGAGAAACAUCACGCCAGCUCGGUUUGGGCACAAACAUCUUUGAUGCUGAGAAGCUGGGUCUGAGCGGAGGCGGUGAAAUGCCUGGCUCAGAGUUCUACGAUUUCGUUGAGGGCGCAGAUGGCUUUGCCGAGGUGUUCCCCCAGCACAAAUACAACGUCGUCGAAAUCCUACAACAGAGAGGCUAUCUCGUCGCCAUGACAGGUGACGGCGUAAAUGAUGCACCAUCCCUCAAGAAAGCGGAUACUGGCAUAGCUGUGCAAGGUGCCUCCGAUGCAGCUUGUUCGGCUGCAGAUAUUGUCUUUCUUGCUCCCGGCUUAUCUGCAAUCAUCGACGCUUUGAAGACAUCCCGGCAGAUCUUCCAUCGCAUGUACGCUUAUGUUGUAUACCGCAUCGCUCUAUCAUUACACCUUGAGAUUUUUCUGGGCCUUUGGAUCGCGAUACUGAACGAAAGUCUCAACCUUCAGUUGGUCGUGUUCAUCGCCAUUUUCGCUGACAUAGCCACGCUGGCUAUCGCCUACGACAACGCACCAUAUAGCAAGACUCCGGUCAAGUGGAAUCUCCCCAAACUUUGGGGUAUGUCGAUCUUGCUUGGAGUGAUUCUCGCAAUAGGCACUUGGAUCACCAUGACGACUAUGCUACCUUACCUUACUGGCGAGCAACAAGGUGUAUCAGGUGGCAUUGUUCAAAACCAUGGCCAACGCGACCCUAUCCUCUUUCUUGAGAUUACCUUGACUGAGAACUGGCUCAUAUUCAUCACUCGCGCCAACGGGCCGUUCUGGUCAUCCAUACCCUCAUGGCAGCUCGCUGGCGCCAUCCUCGUUGUCGAUGUUCUCGCCACAUGUUUUACUAUUUUUGGGUGGUUUGUCGGAGGGAGGACAAACAUUGUCGCUGUGGUUCGGGUUUGGGCCUUUUCUUUUGGCAUCUUCUGCAUCAUGGCAGGAGUAUAUUAUAUCCUACAGGGGAGUCAGGGCUUUGAUAACCUUAUGCAUGGAAAGCUUCUUAAGAGGAAGCAAAAGCAGCGGAAUUUGGAAGACUUUGUUGUAUCAUUACAGCGAGUGUCAACACAACAUGAGAAGACGACAUAG